CCUUUCCUCAUUGAGUCGUCAUUGUUCACUUGUUUUUAACAGUCGUCUGGCAAAAUACUUUUGUAUGCGUCUGUAAAAAACAAAUUGACAGUUUAAGUAUCUGAUAGUGCGAUACUAAGUGCCAAAGAGAUCGGAUGUAGCUACAGAAAUGAAGACAAUAAAAUUAAACGCGCGUACAGGAUGGAUUCUCUUAAUAGUUGGAGGAAUAACCAUAGUCUCUACAUCUGCGGCUAUUAUAGCGAGGACAUCGUCAAGCAAUGAUCCCGACAAAUGUUUGCCAACUGUCAUUGCACACAGAGGUGCCAGUGGGUAUAUACCAGAACAUACCCUUGGUUCAUACGCACUAGCUAUUACAAUGGGCGCUGACUACGUAGAACCCGAUUUAGUCAUGACAAAAGACGGAGCCCUAAUUUCGAGACACGAUAACGAACUUGGAUUGACAACAAACGUAGCACAACAUCCAGAAUUCGCUGACAGAUAUAAAACUCAAACUGUAGACGGUACAGAAAUAAGUGGUUGGUUCACUGAAGACUUUACACUUGCAGAAAUAAAAACUCUGAAGGCUAUAGAACGUAUUCCAGAUAUAAGGCCAGGCAAUGCGCGUAUGGAUGGUGUAUUCGAAGUGCCUACAUUCCAAGAAAUCAUUGAUCUAGUUAAGAGCAUAGAAACCUCACAAAAACGAUCAAUCGGUAUAUAUCCUGAGAUUAAACAUGGCAGUCAUUUCAAGAAUCUUGGUUUGGCGAUGGAACAAUUAGUUGUAGAUACAUUCCACAGUAAUGGUUAUACAGGCCAGGAUUCUCACGCCUAUAUCCAGUCGUUUGAAGUAGGCAAUCUAAAGGAGCUAAAGAAAAUUACAAAUCUACGCUUAAUACAACUAUACGAAAGUGAUAAAAGCGCUCAACCAGCUGAUCAAGUAAUUCUUGGAACUGGUCUUACAUAUGGAAACAUGUCUACACCAGAAGGGCUAGUAGAAGUUGCCAAAUAUGCAUACGCUGUUGGGCCAGAUAAAUCAUACGUUAUCCCUAGAAAUGAUGAUAAUACACUUGGACAACCCACUACGUUUGUAAAAGAUGCUCAUGCAGCUGGGUUAAAAGUUCACCCAUACACUUUUAGAGCGGAAAAUGCAUUCUUACCGAAGGAAUUUCAAAGCACUGAUCCCGCACCUUCCGCUAGGGGAAACUUGGCCGGUGAACUGAGGGCCUACCUUGAAGCCGGCAUUGAUGGUAUGUUCUCAGACCAACCUGAUGUGCCAGUCGGAAUACGAGGAAAAUGCUAGACGACAUUGAUUGGAUCAAGGUUCCACCUUGACCUAAACUUGUGAUAUUGUAUAUAGAAUUCAUGUUUAAUAAUAUACUUUUGUGCUUGAUUAUGAAAAUAAAAGAGAGCGUGAUCAAUGU